GGCUGUUCCGUUGGGAGCUGCUCCCAGUUGGGGAAGCUGUAAGGAUGAGUCAGCCUUGUCAUUCUCUGUGGAUCCCAUUAGGCUCCAGAGCGAAUGUGGUGUAUCCUACCUUUUCUUUCCCACCUAGGUGAUCCUGGAACAUCUUCCUCCUUGCCAAACCCGGGUGGGGGGAAGCUGAUGCUUUCCCUGCUCUAGUGCCUGACUCCUGCAUCCCAGCAGCUGGUAGAUCUCCAGUGAUCCCUGCUGAUCCCUGCUUCUCCUUCCGCAGGAUCCUUUCCCUGCUGCUGGGAAUGAGGGGGUCUCCUGCCCGUUGGCUGUCAGCCUCGCUUGCUGCAGGAGAGAUUUCAUGCUGGCAAUCAGCGGCUGAGCAACACGCUGCCCACUAUGGCCGGCUGGUUUAGGCGGCUCCUACACAAGCCCAAGCCCAGCUCGGUGGAGAGCAGCCUCAAUGCCGGCUGCUCUGCUUCAUCCUCGCCUUCCUCUUCCUCAUCCUCUGCCACAAGCUCCAACUCCUCUUCCGAGACAAGCCUGGCCAGGUCUGUUCACCUGUCACCGGUCUCAUUGUCGGUCAUUAACGCCUCGGGCAGCGCCCGGUGGGCCAAGAGCUAUGACGUCUGCAUCUGCCACAGUGAGGCCGACCUGGAGCUGGUGGAGGAGCUGGUGUCCUACCUGGAGGGUCAACCCGAAAGCUUCCGUUGCUUCCUCCAACUGCGGGAUGCGGCACCGGGAAGUGCGGUGGUGACAGAACUGUGUGACGCCGUGCAGAACAGCCACUGCUGGGUUAUGCUCAUCACCCCUGGCUUCCUCCGGGAUCCUUGGUGCAAGUACCAGAUGCAUCAAGCGUUGGCUGAAGCUCCCAUGGCCCACGGACGCACCAUCCCAGUGUUGAAGGAUGUGGAUCGGAAGGAUUAUCCCAAGGAGCUGCGAAACCUCUACUACAUCUACAUGGUGCUGAAGGAGAACAGCUUCCGGCAGAUCAGAGACACCAUCUUGCGCUACUUACAGGAGCUGUGCCGGAGCUCCACAAGCUCGACUGAGUAGUGCCAGGAGCAGGAUGGGGUGUCUUUGUGGGCAUUCUGGUGCUGCCACCACUGGAUCCAGAUGCAGCCGUAUGCCCACGGACCUCAGGGGCGAAGCUGAGCUGCUCUGGCCAGGCCUGGGAGCCGGAGAUGGCUGGGGGGAAAAGUUCCCACACCCAUGGGGGUACAGCCGCGGGGAGCCUGCUGUGUCCUGGCAGUGGUACCACCAAAGGUGGCCAAAAUCCCCUCGGUGGGGUUGGGCAUGUCCUCCAGGAGCAGGUCCCCACAGCUCAUCACAAACACUAAACCCUGAUGUCAGGUGGGUCUGGGGGUCUUUGAAGCUUCUUAUGGUGUGUGUGUGUGUGUCCCUCCCUGGGGCCUCAGACCCCUCUGGACCCUCAAUAAGCUGACAUGGUGCCUUGCCCUGUGGUGUUGGACUUCAGGCAAGAAAAGGAGGGGCACGUGCUGGCUGAGUCUUUGCACGGGUUCGUUGGGACUAAGAAAAUACAGAAGUUUUAAAUUUUGG